UCGGUCGAACCAAUUCUUAUGUGAAUCGGCUGCCGCUCGAGAUCGAUCGAGAGAGAGAGAGAGAGAAGAAGCUGUGAGCAGCAAAGGCAGAGACGCAAGUUGAUAUAGCGAGAGAUCAGAUUGGCGUAUGGAAAGAUUCGAAGGGGAGUAGAGAGAGAGAGAGACAAAGGGAGUCGGUUGAGGCGAUCGGUGCCACAGACGCAACGAUACAGCACAAUUGAUAGAGAGAGAGACGCCGGUUUCGACCAUGUCUACACCAUACGAGAGAGCCAAAGCAGGCAGGCUCACUUUCAAAGGAGACCUGGGUCCUGCGAAAACCCUAGACAAGAAGAAGGCCAAGAAGAAGAAGAAGAAGAAGAAGAACCAGGAUCUUGAUCAAAAAGUUGCAGAGCUCAAUGGCUCUGACGCCGAGCUUCUAGACGAAAAUGGAGAGAAAAAUGGCAAAGAAAUGGCGGGAGAAAUCUACACCAUUGAUGCGGCGAAGAAGAUGAAAUAUGAUCAGUUGUUUCCAGUUGAGGCGAAGAAGUUCGGAUAUGAUGCUCCUGCAAAUUAUAGGUCGGUUGAAGAUGCGCUCGAUGAUAGAGCAAAGAAGAAGGCUGAUAGAUACUGUAAAUGAGGUUCAGCUCCUCAUUGGGAAAUCAUGGGCAACUGCUGAUUUCAUGAACGUGGUUCAGGAGUGCCAAAGGAAUUUGACUACUAGUUGUUAAUUAAAGGGGAAGAACCUAGCUCAGAUGCUAGUGUGUUUUGUACCAGGGCAGAUCCAUGAGAGACACAUAUUGCUUACUUGGUAUACUUGUAUGAACGUUCUUUUGAGGCCCUUAUGGAUUUUAACUAUAUAUACAAUUAAAAGCAUAAAUCUGCCGGAUUAUUGGAUGGUGAA